AUGACCGUGAGCGCAAACGAUGAUCCAGUAAAUGAGAGUUUUUGCACGGCAUAUAAUUCAUCGAAGAAGGAAGGGGACGAAACGACAUCCGCCCAAGUGAGUGACUCCACUGCACCGCGAGUCACUCCCGUCCCACUCACCACACCACGUCACGCUAAGAAACAGCGCUUAAACCGCCGUAUCGAAGUAACGGAUACAUCAGCAGACCGCAUUACCGUAACGGACGCGCUGCAACAGCACACAAGGGAAGUGCUUACUGUCCACAACGGUCCUGUAGUUUACGAAGAGCAAAUGAUAUUUCACCCAUACGAGCUGUACAAGCACGGAAAGAACAAAAUACACACCGGAAGCGUGGGUUACAGUAGUGGGGCUGAUCUUGUUAUGCUGCGCGAUGCAGUUUCCGAGCCCAGUGAUGCGGACCUUGCGUACGUUCGCCGGUCAGCGGAGAUCGGUAGCGUUAUUUGCCUUGACCCAAAAGCGCAGCGACCACUCACGGAAACGGAAGAAGAGGAACAAAAGAAAAACAAAAAGCGUCUCGCUGGCGCGGGGUACCGGAAAUACCCGGGAAUUCGAGCCCCAAAGAAUCGGAAGGUGCGAAACCGGCUUCUCAACACUUAUCUUGCGACAGAGUUGGGCCGUGAGAUUUUGGACAACUACCGUGAGAUGCAAGAAAAUGGUGAAACCGACGCGGAUCAGACGCCGCCGCUGCGACCCAUCUUUUCCGACUUGCCUCAAGUCUUCUAUGAUAUACUCGAUCUUGACGAAGAUGCACAAACGGCGGCACUUGAGCGCUACGGGGUGAAAAUACAUGCCCCUGCUGGCAAUGCACAACCAAAGGAUCCCGACUCGGGUGAAGUGCGAUUCCAAAACCUCAACUCUCGACUACGUGGGGAGCUCGUGCAUGCGAUUAACAGCGAAUUCUUGUCUAAGCAAAUUGAAGACUUGGAGCAGAACUUUACUGCCUUCAUCAAGAGUGGGGACCCCAGUAAAAGUCUAACUUAUAGAUUCCGCGACGGCUACGGAAGGUUGGUCUGCCAUGGUGUGGCGGCGUAUUACAAGCUCGUCUCACAGUCGCAUCAACAGGCGGAUGGCAGCAAGACAACUGUUGUAAGCUGGCCCAAGCGGAAGAGGAAAAAUACUUCAAGUCUCACGCUACCCAAAAUUACUCUCAAGUCGCUCCUCCGUAAGAAACGCAACGAAAUGCCGCACACGCCCCUCCAGUCGAGCACACUGGACACACCGCUGUUUGACUUUAAUGACGGACCAACGGAUAUGGAACCACUUGAUUUGGGUGCCGCUGCGUCCAAUGAUGCAAAUCCCGAUGAUUGGCUUCAGCCUUUGGAGCCGGACGGAAUCAUGCCUGUUUACCAACCCUUCUCGCUUGCAUAUUCAAUAGGAAAUGAGAAUUCAGGCACCAAGCAGAAAGGAAAGAAGAGUAAAGGAACGAAGACAUCGAAUUAA